AUGAACCCUAGCAAUCUUCCCCACUCCGGCGUCGGACAUGUCCGGUCUCCACCGGACGCGUCUCCCGCCGCCGCCGGGCCACUCGCAGAGCGCCACGUGGCCCCGGCCACCGCGCGCCGCCGCCGGCCCGCCAGGCCCGGGGCGGGCCCCCGAAGCCCAUCCGGCCGCCAUCGCUCGAGGCGCCCCGCGCCGCCGCCCGAGAGCCCGCGCGUCUCCCGCCGCCGCUCGCCGGCCACCGCGCCUCCCGCCGGCCGCUCGUCGUCGCCGAGCCGCCCCGCCACCGCUCCGGCAGGAGUUCGCCGGAGCCCGAGCUCCUCCCGCCUCGCCCUUCGCUGCCGGGUCCCGUCCCCGCCGCCGGCGUCCCGUCUCCGCGCCGACCUUGCGCGCCUCCGCGACCUCGCAGGAUCCCCCCCGCCGCACGCCGACCCCGUCGCCGGAUCCGCUGCCCUCCGCCGCUAG